AUGGCAUCUUUUUUUUCUGAUUUUGCCCUUAUAUGGUUCUUGGAAGAGCUAAGCAAGAACGAAUUAAUAAUGUUUAAGGAGUUUCUCAAACAGGAGAUUUUGCAAAUGGGGCUGACACAAGUUUCUUGGACAAAUUUGAAGAACGCAUCUCGGGAAGAGCUUGCCAACUUUCUGUUGAACCAUUAUGAAGAGAAGCAAGCAUGGGAUGUGACCUUCAAAAUUUUCUACAAGCUCAAUAGGAAGGAUCUCAUAAGGAGAUCCAAAAGCGAGAUUCAUGGACACCCAAAGUUAUAUCAAGCUCAUUUGAAGACGAAACUGACCCAGGACAGUUCCAUUGUAUUCAACUUCAGUAUUCAGGUCUUAUUAAAGGAGGAAUUCACCCAAGAUAUCCUUAGUAGUUUUGAGGACUUUUUCCUAUCAAAUACAACUGAGAUGAAGCCACCCACGGUGGUCAUAGAAGGUAUGGCUAGAAUUGGCAAGACGUUGAUAUUGAAAAAGUUAAUGCUUGCCUGGUCAGAAGGCCUGUUGUUUCAAAACAAAUUCUCCUACAUCUUCUACUUCUGCUGUCGAGAUGUGAAGCAGUUGCAGAUAGCUAGCCUGGCUGACCUGAUCUCCAGAGAGUGGCCCAGUGCCUCAGCUCCUGUAGCAGAGAUCCUAUGCCAACCGAAGAAACUCUUAUUUAUCAUCGACAGCUUAGAAGUGAUGGAAUAUGAUAUGUCCGAAGAACAAGAAUCUAACCUGUGUGAUAACUGCAUGGAACAGCAGCCAGUGAGUAUACUGAUGAGCAGUUUGCUCAGGAGGAAGAUGCUCCCUGAAUCCUCUCUCCUCAUCUGCACUACCCCAGAGACAUUUGAGAGAAUGGAGGUCAUGAUUGAGGAAACAAAUGUGAAAACAAUAACAGGAUUCACGGAGAACAGUAUUAAGUUGUGUUUUCACAGCGUUUUUGAAGAUACGAACGGAGUUGAGGAGGCCUUCAGGUUGGUGAGAGAAAAUGAGCAGCUGUUCACUGUAUGUCGGGUCCCUAUGCUCUGUGGCAUGGUGGCUGCUUGUCUAAAAACUGUGAUAAUGGAGGAAAGAGAUCCAGUCUUUGUCUGCCGACGUAUCACCUACCUGUAUACCACUCACAUCUUCAAUGUGUUCACUCCCCCAAAUGUUCCAUAUCCAAGUAAGAAAAGCCAAGACCAGCUGAAGGCCUUAUGUUCUCUAGCUGCUGAGGGCAUGUGGACUGACACAUUUGUGUUUGGUGAGGAAGCUCUGAGGAGAAAUGGGAUCAUGGACUCUGACAUCCCCAAACUGCUGGACAUUGGAAUGCUUGGAAAGAUCAGGGAAUCUGAAAAUUCUUACAUAUUCCUUCACCCAUCUGUCCAGGAGGUCUGUGCUGCCAUCUUUUAUCUGCUAAAGAGCCAUGAGGACCACCCUUGUGAGGAUGUGAAAUGUAUAGAGACACUCAUCACUAUGUUUCUUAAGAAUGUCAAAACACAGUGGAUCUUUUUAGGCAGUUUCAUCUUUGGCCUUGCAAAUGAAUUUGAACAAGUAAGUCUAACGAUAUUUUUUGGCUACCAGUUGUGCUCGGAAAUAAAGCGUCAGUUGUAUCAGUGCCUGGAAACCAUAAAGGACAACAGUGAGCUUCAAAAACAGAUAGAUGGUAUGAAGUUGUUUUACUGUCUUUUUGAAAUGGAGAAUGAAGCCUUCUUAAGGCAGGCAAUGAACUGCAUGGAGCAGAUUUACUUUGUGGCUAAAGAUUAUUCUGAUAUUAUUGUUGCUGCUUACUGCUUAAAACACUGUUCUACCCUGAAGAAACUAUCCUUUUCAACCCAAACUGUCCUGGAAGAAGAACAAGAACACAGCAAUAUGGAAAAACUUCUAACCUAUUGGAAUCAAAUAUGCUCUGUAUUCAUAAACAGUAAGAACAUCCAGGAAUUCCAAAUGGAAAAAAGUAGUUUCAGUGGUCCAGCCUUUUCUGUCUUGUAUGAUCAUUUGAAUUACAGCAGAUGCACCAUUAAAAUACUUAGGGCAAAUGAUAUGUCCUUCUUACCUACAAAGCACCUGUUCUUUGAUUUAAUUAAAAUGCACAGUUUGCAAUACUUAAACCUCAGUUUCACACGCCAUUCCCGCACUGAUGUGAGUCUAUUGUGUGAUAUCUUGACCCAGGCAGAAUGCAACAUAGAAAUGCUGGAGCUAGAAGGCUGUGACCUUUUAUCUGAUGACUGUGAGGACUUUGCCUGCGUCCUGAUGAGGAGCAAGACCUUGAAGACUCUUGAUUUGGCAUACAACAACUUGGACCAAGGGAUAUACUCACUGUGUAAGGCUUUGUGCCGCCCAGGCUGUGUUCUGAAGAACUUAAUAUUGGCCGGAUGUUCCCUCAGUGAUCAAUGUUGGGAAUACCUUUCUUAUGCUCUUCAGUGCAGCAAAACUCUGGGCCAUCUAGACAUCAGCUGUAAUGACCUGAAAGAUAAAGGACUGGAGAUUCUCUGUAAGGCUCUAACUCUACCACACUGUGUCCUGGAAACCAUAAGUAUGACAUCUUGUCUCAUCACUUCUAGUGGCUGCCAGUGCCUGGCUCAAAUACUGAGGAACAACCAGAACCUGAAGGGCUUAAAUGUUUCAGAAAAUAAGCUAGAAGAUGCUGGUGUGAAGCUGCUGUGUGAUGCUAUAAAACAUCCCAACUGCAACUUAGUGAGUCUUGGGUUGGAAGCUUGUGACAUAACUUGUGCUAGUAUGGAGGACCUUCUUUCUGCUUUUCUUGAGUCUAAAACCUUGUGUGGUGUCAACCUGUGUAGGAAUGCCUAUGAAAUUAGUGAAUUGAAAUUGUUGAACCAGAGAGGCUUGGAGCAACAAAAGUGUGCAUUCCAUGUGCUUGGGCUUCGAUUUAUCAACCUUAGUAAAGAAUCCCAGGCAUUUCUGGUUUCUGAGAGAAAAAAAAACUUCUUGUGCAUCAGAAGCAGUGUGUAA